AUGGAGGCAAAGCACAACGAGCGCCCUGAUGGGAAUGGCACCGACGAGGACUCUAUUAAACCUGUUUCUUCCCUCCUCUCCCACUUCGAAAACCUUGCUCACCUUAACCCCAAGUCGCAUCCCACUGCGGCUUCAACUCAUGAAUCCCGCUCCGCCUUCCUAGAAACCCCAAACGUCGUCACUAGUCGUGCUUCCUUAGAUCUCCCACGCCCGGAUCCCUCAAACUGGUCGUCAUCUUCUUCUUCUUCCCAUGCGCGCUCCGCUGCUCACUCCCCUUCGUCGUCCAGAUGGCUUCACACUGCCAGGCACAAUCAUGCUAGUGUUACGGCUACGAACGCAGAUGGGUUUCCAGGAAGACGGAUGCCGGCUAGGCCAGUGUCCAUGAAUGUCUCAUCCGCACAGUGGAAAGCUCCAGUCCUCACUAUAGAUACUCCCCGCACUGCUUCCCAGACCUGUGUCAUUCCCGCCACCGAGAAUCGCAACAGGGAAAUACGAACGGUCCCGGAACCUCCCCCGCCGCGUAGGCCACCUAGCAGUCAGAGUCGUCCGUCGAGCAGACCAUGUACCCCCGUAACCGAUUCCUCAGGCGUGGUAAUUUGGGCAGAGGGCAGAGCUCGUGAUGCCAAAAACGGCCUCAAAGCUGCGUCUCUCCCACCACCUGUCAAUAGAGCGGAAAAGCCCAAAAUCCCCGCCACUACCAAAAACACCGCCGCUGUUCCUCGUUGGGAGAACGCGAAAUCUCUUGCGCCAGCGUCGGAAAGGAUCUCAGUCGGUGUUGAAGCCUCACCAUUCAGUACCCCUCCAAGUAGUCCAGAAAAAGCUCCCCCGAGUACCAUAGCGACAAACGGUGAUUCCUCGAAUCGCAUUCCCCCGCUCUACUCCACUGCUGAGCGCGGACCUCGCAGAGCUUUCCCCGACCCUACCCCGUUUCGAUAUCCUCAUCGAUCCGCGACUUUCGAGGCUGAGCAUGACGGUUCAUCCGGCCCGAGAAGCGCAACGCCGGUAUUAACACGCGACAUUAAACACCCCCCUCCGCCGAUUCCAAUGAAACGGAGUGAGACCGAUCUUUCGGGACGAAGGAGCGCCAGGGACCCCCGGGACAAACAAUUUACCAGCGAUAAUCUAGAGGAUCGACCGGGCCUGCCACCCCGCACCCAAGCGCGAAUAUCUCGUCGAGGUGCUCCCUCGCAGACUGGAAUGCAACAGUCUUCUGACCUCGCACCCAGACGCUCCUUUGAUAUCCUCUCCAGACCAACUAUCACAUCAAAUUUCUCCGUCCGUGUUGGAAGCGAGCAAACCGAUCCAUAUUUCCCUCCGCCACCGCAAAGAGACACAGCUGUGCUUGGUGGCCGAAUACAUGCUAACAGCAAGACCCAACCACCCCCUACCCCGACACAGUUUGCACGAUCACCUAUGCGCUCAGUGGAAUGCCUUUCGACACCCCCUGCUUCCAACCAACGUCAGACCAGUAGAUCCACUCGCAUUGAGUCAGAGGAAUCAGAGCCGCCCUUCGACGAUGCGCCAAUCCCUCGUACAGACUACCCUGAUUUUUCUAACACCAAUCGUCGCCCACCGAUAUUCAAAAGCGGAACAAGGGGUAUUCAUACCAAGCAUGAUGUGCGAGUUUUUGACGUUUGUGGGAACUAUGCAUGCACGACGGGGUACUUUACUCGAGUCUGGGACCUGGUAAGUGGGGAGCAAAUUUUAGGAUUGAAUCAUGGGGAAACUGUCAAAGGUUUAUGUAUUGCAUUUAAACCAGGAAAUACAAUGGACGAUGAGGGAAAACUACUUUGGCUGGGAACGAAUGCGGGGGAGAUCCAUGAGGUUGAUAUUCAAACACAAUCGAUCGUUUCGUCGCGGACGUUACCGUCACGGAGAGAAAUUAUCAAGAUCUAUCGGCAUAAAAAGGAACUUUGGACGCUUGACGAUGAGGGCAAACUACUCCUCUGGCCUCCAGAUGAAUCGGGUUCGCCUAAUCUUCAAUACAGCUACAGCCACCCAUACGAUCGAGUUGCGAAGGGCCACACUUUCUCGAUGGUUGUUGGAGACCUGUUGUGGCUCGCAUCCGGCAAGGAAGUGCGGGUUUAUCGUCCCAAUUCUAAAGAUGCGGAUUUCCAAGUCCUCAAGGGACCGUUCGGGAAAUCAGAUGCUGGCGAAAUCACGUCGGGCACCACUAGUCCCAAAGACGGUGGCCUCGUAUACCUUGGACAUGCUGAUGGGAAAGUUUCGAUUUACUCUGCGCAGGAUUACUCAUGUCGAGCAACGUUGAACGUGAGCUUAUAUAAAAUCAAUUGCCUGGCGAUGGUUGGUGAUUACCUCUGGGCGGGCUAUAAGACAGGCAUGAUCUAUGUCUACGAUGUUUCUACUUCACCAUGGACCGUGAAGAAGGACUGGCAGGCGCAUGACCAAGCUGUCUGUGGGCUGUUGCUGGAUUCCAGUAGCGUUUGGACUGUUAAUCGACUGCAAGCUGUUUCGCUUGGGACGGAUAAUUAUAUUCGGCUAUGGGACGCUAUGCUUGAGGACGACUGGCUUGAAGCCCGAAUGCAUGACAGGGACGUCGAGUACUGUCAUUUCCGUGAAAUAACCGCGGCCGUUCUUACGUGGAAUGCAGGAGCAACCGUCCCGGGCAAUUUGCGGGAUAGAAAGUUCAUCCGAGACGUUGUCCACCCUGAAAGUCCUCCGGAUAUUUUGGUUUUUGGGUUUCAGGAGCUUGUGGACCUGGAAAACAAAAAAAUUACUGCUAAGAGUAUCCUCAUGAGCAGCAAGAAGAAAGACAGUGCAGAUAAGGAACACAUGAGCCGGCAGUAUCGUGUUUGGAAAGAUUAUCUUGCUUCUUGUAUACAUGAUAUAAUGCCUCUUGAUCAGCCCUACGUCCUCCUCCACACUUCAAACCUCAUCGGUCUAUUCACAUGCGUGUUCAUCAAACAAGAAGAGCGUCAAAGAAUCAGAGGCGUCAGUGCAACGGAGGUGAAGCGCGGCAUGGGCGGACUGCACGGCAAUAAGGGUGCUCUUGUUUUCCGCUUCAUCCUCGACGAUAGCUCUCUCUGCUUCAUAAACUGCCAUCUAGCAGCCGGCCAAUCCCAAACUACCCACCGCAACAAUGACAUUGCAGCAAUUCUUGAAAGCAGUUCCCUGCCACCCGAAUCAAGCUACUCGUCACGCAUCGACCUCUUCGUCGGUGGUGGCGAUGGCACUAUGAUCCUUGACCACGAAAUCUGCAUCCUAAAUGGCGAUCUAAACUACCGUAUCGAUUCUAUGCCCCGCAACACCGUCAUCGAAGCCGUUAAGGCUCGCAAUCUUCCCAAACUCCUCGACCGCGACCAACUUCUUGCCUCCCGCCGCAAAAACCCCGGUUUCCGCCUCCGCGCCUUCAACGAGGCACCCAUCACUUUUGCACCGACGUAUAAAUACGACGUUGGCACCGACCAAUAUGAUUCUAGUGAGAAGAAGCGGUCGCCGGCUUGGUGUGAUCGGCUACUUUAUCGGGGCGUUGGGAGAAUCAAACAGCUGGAGUACCGCCGGCAUGAAGUCAAGGUAUCAGAUCAUCGCCCCGUCAGCGGCCUGUUUAAGAUGCGCAUCAAAACUAUCUCCCCAGAUAAACGGACGAAUGUGUGGGUAGCGUGUCAGGAGGAGUUUCGGAAGGAGAAGCGGAGGUUGGCGACGGAUGCUAGUAUCGACUACCUCGUUCGCAUUCUUGGCCUCGAUCCCCAAGAGGCCCGAUCGUUAAUAUCUACUACGCCUGGAACUAAAUAA